AUGACUGCCGAGACCGCUACUGGUGCAACUCUACGGCGCGCUGCCCUUGCUGCCGCUUCUCGCUUCCGCCCUUCCUCUCCCUCGUCAAUGUGCAGUCAUAUCAUCGGUGCUGUAUACUCGGCCAACCUCUGUGCUUUUCUGACAGACAUUCGUGUUCAUCACCAUCUAGCGGCGGCGCCACCGGCUUGGCAAUGA